AUGAUUGAUUUGUAUGAUUCACUUUUUGAAGUUGCUAUAAUUGAACAUAACAUCAAUAAUAUGUUCCCUGGUUAUUCUGCUGUUUUUCAUAUUCAUGCAGCAGCUGUUGAAGUUCAAUUAAAAAAAUUAAUAAUUUUAAUUGACUGUAAAACAGGUGAACGAACACAAGAACAUCCACGUUUUAUUAAACACGAUCAAGUUGCAAUUGCAAGAUUUGAAUUGACUCAAUCAGGUCAAACAAUAUCUAUGGAACCAUUAUAA